CCCAGCGCGCUGCGGGGCUGGGGCGCAGAGACCCAAGCGCAGUGCAGCUAGCUCUUAGACCCCGCGCCGGUUAUCCGGACUCCCGAUCUCUGGACUACAGGGCAAGGAACUCUCCACCACAGCUUCCCCCCACCUCAGCCAUGGACAACCCCAGCGUACAGGAACUCCAACAACCCUUGCUGCCAAACACAGCCUGUGAUCUCCUGUCCCCCAAGUUUGACAAACCAGAGCUGGGACCCCCCUUCCCAGAAACAGCCUUUGUGGAAUCCCUGAGAGGCCGGCAGUUCCUCCUCCCACCUCUUCCUUCUGUGAGCGCUGGCCUGGGAGAGCCUGAGACCCCUGACCUUGAGGACACAUCAUCCAGUGACAGUGACUCGGAUUACGAUGGGGAUGACCGUCUCUCACCUCUUCUGCCCCAUGACCACCUGGGCCUGGCGGUCUUCUCUGUCCUGUGUUGUUUUUGGCCUGUGGGCAUCGCUGCCUUCUGUCUGGCCCACAAGACCCGCCCUAGUUGCCCUGCGGGCCCCCACUGUGAAUGCAGAGGCCAGAGGCCCAGUGAACCCGUGAGAGGAAUGGAUGAUCUUGGUGCAUAUGGUGGUGACGGCGAGGACCACAUCAUCCAGAAACGAGAGUCUGCUGAUUUCCUGGCCACCCCCACCCAGAGGGAAGCUAUGUGAGAUUAAAGAGACCCU